UUGCGGUCUACCCCGCACCUUUCUAAUUAUCAAAUAACUUGGCCAAACAAAUUUCGUGAUCUUAGAAAGAAAUCUUACAUUUUGUACCUCGAUGCGAAAAAAUUGCAAUUAGUUUUAAGUAAAACAGUCAUGUCAAAGAAUUAUUUGAUAUAUAUCGUAUUGUGGUUUUUAAUUCGAUUGUUAAUUGAAGUAAAUUGCCAAAGUACACCUUUUAAGCCAUUAAAACGAUACUCUCAUACAGCAACACUUAUUGAUAAUAAACUUUACAUCUUAGGUGGUCGAUUAGAUUCAACUAAAAAUAAUGAAAAUAUUGGAGGACAAUUUUUUUAUCUUGACGUAUCUGAACAAUUUAAUAUUAAAAAUAUAGUAUGGCACGAUCUAACAGAUAUUAAUACUAUUCCAGCGCACCGUUCCGCUGCAUCUGCCAGAGGUGGUGCAUAUAAUGAUACUUUGUUUUUAUUUGGAGCAAAAACUGAUAGACCUAUUGUUCUGGAAUUAGUUUAUACGUUUGAUACAAAAAGUAAUUCAUGGAGUAUUCCAGAAUUAGUUAAAAAUGGAGAUGAUAUCAAGACAAAACAUAAUCUAAAAGGCAUCGUUGAUGAUAUUGGGAAGAUGUAUUUGUUCGGUGGAAAUCAUAAAAAUAGAACAACUUUUUAUAAUGAUAUGCUUAUUUUGGAUACAAUUAAUUUGAAUUUGAACGUGGGAAGUUUAGUUAAUGCUCCUACUCCAAGAAAUAUUUGUGGUGCGGUUUUUAUUUCAAAUAAUACCGUUAUUUAUUUUGGUGGAUAUAAAGAUAAUGAUGAUGAUGUUUUGCCAUUAAAUGAGUCAACUUCAGGUACAAUUCCUUCGGAUAGAGCUGCUUUUUCUACUGUCCUUGGGUUGGAUGGACAACGAGUAAUAAUUUUUGGAGGAGCAAAUAAAAAUGGUAAUGUUUUACUUCCAGACGCACUUUAUGUAUUAAAUUUGGAAAAUUAUGAAUGGUCUAUUCCAAAAUCGUCUGGAAAACAACCUGAAGAGUCAAGACGUUUGCAUGAGGCAACUGUAAUCGGAAAGUACAUGGUCAUAUCAUUUG